ACAUCUGCCGAGGCACUAGCUAGUCGUUAAAAGACGUAAUUGGAGCUGAAUUGUGUUACUAUGUUUAUUGUGCUAUUUGUAUAUUGUGAUAAACUACUUGGCAUUCACGUCAACUUGAAAAAACAAAAACCCUUGCAAAAAAUAAGCAGAACGCUUGCUUGCGAGCACUGGACUCUUCAAGCGCUCAUGCCUAUGCGGAACAUCGCUAAAUGCAAUGAGAGACGCAACAUCUGAGCUGCAGCCUGCUCAGAAGCAGUAGUUUUGUUGUACUACAUAUGUCUGCAUGGCUCUUUGGCACCAGCUUCAGCAGCUGGAUUCAAGCUAUCUAGAGCAAGUGGACCAGCUCUAUGAUGAUGUCUUCCCUAUGGAGAUCCGUCAGUACCUCAGCCAGUGGAUCGAGAGCCAUGACUGGGAUGCCGUGGCUGCUAACGUCUCCUUAGCAACAUUGCGUUUCCAUGAACUCCUGAGUCAACUGGAUGAGCAGUACAGUCGUCUCAGCCUGAAAAACGACUUCCUACUUCAGCACAACAUCCGCAAGAUAAAACGUAACCUACAGGAGCACUUUCAGGAGUAUCCAGUACAGAUGGCAAUGAUUAUAUCCAACUGCCUAAAAGAAGAGAAGAGGAUUCUGGAAUCUGCUAUUAAAACACAGGAGAAUGCAGGCUCACCACAGGGCAGCGUUGUCAUGGAGAAACAGAAGAAACUGGACAACCAAGUGAAGCAGCUGAAGACAAGCGUGCAGGAGGCAGAACAGGAUAUUCAGGCCCUGGAGGACCUUCAAGAUGAGCAUGACUUCAAGAGGAAAACUUUACAGAGUCAGGUGGAGUCUGAAAUGAGUCAACGAAUAGCCAAAGAGAUCCAGCAGGAAGACAUGAUGAUCAGGGCGAUGUUCAUUAAGCUCAACAGCACGAGAGAGGUGGUAGUAACUGAAUUAACACGUGUGCUAAAGUUAGCGGAUCAAAUCCAGUUCACUCUUAUAUCAGUGGAGCUCCCUGAGUGGAAACAAAGACAGCAAAUGGCCUGCAUCGGAGGUCCUCCAAAUGCCUGCCUGGAUCAGCUGCAGAGCUGGUUCACAACAGUAGCAGAGUGUUUGCAGCAGACACGGCAGCAACUGAACAAGCUGCAGGAGCUGGUGCACAAAUUCACCUACAAAAACGACCCCAUUGCUGUAGGCAUGAGCUCGCUGCAGGAGCAGGCCCUGUUGCUUUUCACAAACCUGCUCACCAGCUCCGUUGUGGUGGAGAGGCAGCCCUGCAUGCCAACGCAUCCCCAGAGACCCCUGGUGCUGAAGACGGGGGUGCAGUUCACAGUCAAACUCAGGCUGUUGGUUAUGCUACCAGAGCUCAACUGCCAUCUUAAAGUCACAGCUGCUUUUGACAAGGAUUUACCAGAAAAGAGCACAGUCAAGGGAUUUCGUAGGUUCUAUAUUGUGGGGACUAGCUCUAAAGUCAUGAACAUUGAAGAAUCAAAUGGUUGCUUGUCAUCUGAGUUCCGACAUUUGCAACUGAAAGAACAGAAAUCGGCUGGAAGCAGGACAAAUGAGAACCCUCUUCUCAUCAUGGAGGAACUUCACUCCAUUAGCUUCAACACACAGCUCAAUCAGCCAGGACUCUCCAUUGAUUUAACGACUGCGUCACUUCCGGUCGUGGUCAUCUCUCAUAUCAACCAGCUACCAAGUGCUUGGGCCUCUAUUCUGUGGUAUAACAUGCUCUGCACUGACUGUCAGAGCCUGUCAUUUUUCCUGAACCCUCCUCCGGUGAAGUGGGCCGAGCUAGCCAAGGUUUUGAGCUGGCAGUUCUCCUCCGUCACUAAGAGAGGCCUCAGCACAGAACAGAUGAGCAUGCUUGCAGACAAACUUCUUGGUCCAGAGACUCAAGGAGACCCUGAAACACUCAUCUCUUGGAGCAAGUUCAUGAAGCUUGCUGCCAAUGAGAAGGGUGUACCUUUCUGGCUCUGGAUUGACGGGAUACUGGACCUCAUUAAACGAUUCCUACUCAACAUCUGGAAUGAUGGGUUAAUCAUGGGCUUCAUUAGUAAAGACAAAGAGAAAGCUUUGCUGCGAGACAAACAUGCAGGCACUUUCCUACUGCGUUUCAGCGAAACGUGUAAAGAAGGAGGAAUCACCAUAACAUGGGUGGAGCAGUCCCAGAACGGUGAACCACAGCUGCACUCUGUGAAGCCCUACACGAAGACAGAUCUCGCCUCUAUCACGUUCCCUGACAUUAUCCGAACUUACAGACUAAUGGCCGCUGGAAACAUUCCAGAAAGCCCUCUGCUCUACCUGUAUCCAGGCAUUCCUAGGGACACCGCCUUCGGCCGCCAUUACAGUAGCAAGCCUAACGAUCCAGAGAACAUGGACACUGAUAAACCAAUCAAUUUGUAUAUAAGGAGAACGAUGAUUCCAGUGUCAGAAAUUUCAGGCACAAGACUGCAGGAAAUCAUGCUACCUUUAAGCCCAGAGGAGUUUGGAAUGCUUGAGCAUAUCAACAAGGACAAUGGAAUGGACAUGCUGGUAGAAGCUGGAGCUAGUCCUUACUGACUUGGGUAUGAUAAUAACUCACAAAUACGAUUUGACAUAGGCCUGCAUUCAAAUGAAAUUGGCUGAUGUGACAAAGGCCUGCAUUCACAUGAAAUGGGUUGAGUAUCUACAGUACUGUGUAUGUGUUGAUCUAUCUUCUUAAAGCCACAGGCAAUCUCUGCAUUUUUUACAACUGCAACAAUAGAAGCAUUAGUAUACAGUACACCCACUACAGCAAGGUGGCACUGUACGUUUUAGUAAAUGGUGCCUUAUAACAUUUAUGCUCUGUUUAAGCACUCUGCUGUUCUUUUAGUUAUGGUGUUGUUAUAGGAAGGAUGGAAGGAAGUUUACUGGAAUAAACAAUAAUUAUUACAACGAUAUUGUGCAGUAUUCAGGCCAGAGCCUGUGAAUGUGAUUCCGAAAAUGUGCACUUGUUUUCUGAUACUAUCCAUCUGUGUUCUAGAAAGUGCUGGUUGCACAGCUGGCUUCAGCCAUUAGGGUCACAAAUGUCAAUGUUAAUUUGUAUAAUCCAAAUUUUUGUCUGUGUAUAUGAGUGUGUGUCCUUAUUGCAGAGAAUGUUAAAACAGUUUAAAGUUUGAAAAGGAUAUGUUUAUUUAAAUUAUAUUUAAAACAUACUGGAUUAUAAUCCUGUUGCAUGGAA